AACUGCCAAAUAUGCAAAACAAAGAGGACCGACAAGGGUCGUCGAGUAGAGUCAAGUCAUGACAUCCCGAUGAAUUUUCUCUAUAUGGCGAAAGCUUGCCUUGAUAUAUACGUCCAACUUCAGCAGCAACACUCAUUGGAGGGGGUUAUUUUCUAUUCAUAGAUAUAGAGCUCCUCUUCUUUCCUCUCCUGUCCUCUCCUCUCCAUCAAGUGUCUUAGAAUUAUGAAUAGUUUCCGAUAUUUUUCUCUAAUGGCUCGAGUAGUAGUGAUUGUUGCACUCUUGUUAGGUGCUGACACGACAUGGGCUCGACGCGGAUUGCAGUUUCGGAAGAAGCUAAUCGAAAAUGGCCUUGGCCUAACGCCUCAGAUGGGGUGGAACAGCUGGAAUCAUUUUCAUUGUAACAUAGAAGAGAAAUUGAUUAGGGAAACAGCUGAUGCAAUGGUAUCAACUGGGCUUGCUGCACUAGGAUAUGAAUAUAUAAACCUAGAUGAUUGCUGGGCUGAAUUGGAUAGAGAUUCUCAGGGGAAUUUUGUUCCCAAAGCUUCAUCAUUUCCCUCUGGAAUCAAAGCACUGGCUGAUUAUGUUCAUAGCAAAGGCUUAAAGCUCGGGAUAUACUCCGAUGCUGGAACUCAGACUUGCAGUAAAAAAAUGCCCGGGUCACUAGGAUUUGAAGAAAAGGAUGCCAAAACUUUUGCUUCAUGGGGGAUUGAUUACUUGAAGUAUGAUAAUUGUAACGAUAAUGGGAAAAGCCCAAAGGAAAGGUAUCCUGUAAUGGCGAAUGCUUUACUGAAUUCGGGAAGGUCCAUCUUUUUUUCUCUAUGUGAAUGGGGGGUUGAAGAUCCUGCAACUUGGGCCAAGUCUAUUGGGAACAGUUGGAGAACUACUGGAGACAUUUCUGAUAACUGGGACAGUAUGACUUCGAGGGCAGAUCUUAAUGACAAAUGGGCCGCUUAUGCAGGACCAGGUGGAUGGAAUGAUCCCGAUAUGUUGGAAGUUGGCAAUGGUGGCAUGACUACCGAAGAAUAUCGAUCCCAUUUCAGCAUAUGGGCAUUAAUGAAAGCUCCACUCUUGAUCGGCUGUGACAUUCGUUCAAUGGACAAAGUUACUGUAGAACUGUUAAGCAAUCAAGAGGUCAUUGCAGUUAAUCAGGAUAAACUAGGCGUCCAAGGGAAAAAGAUUAAGGAUAGCGAUUUACAGGUCUGGGCAGGGCUGCUUAGCCAAAACAGAGUUGUAGUAGCACUAUGGAACAGAGGAUCUUCGGAAGCUACAAUUACUGCUUAUUGGUCCGACAUAGGCCUCAAUUCGACAACAAUUGUUGAUGCUCGUGAUUUAUGGGCGCAUUCGACACAAAAGUCUGUCAACGGAAAAAUUUCAGCUAGCGUGAUCGCCCACGAUUGUAAGAUGUAUGUUUUAUCUCCAAAUUGAGAAUGUCCGAGUCCUCAUUGCGGUUUGUACAUGGAGAUACUACUGCAAUACUGAGAAUAAACUACUUCAAAUGUAUGCCUAAUGCUGCAACAUACGUUGAAUAACAUCCAUGAAACUUGCACUGAAAAAUAAAUAAUUCAUUUUUACGAUC